CGCGGGAAUCUGAAGGAGGCGUGGUCACGCGAUGACGUCGCAUGUCCUGCCGGACUCGUGUUCUUCAGCCCGUAGAGUCGGAGAAGUCCCGAAAAAGAGGUACCGUACAGGUCCAUUCAUUGAACGGUGAUUUUGGUAUGAUUGUGAGAGAAACGGAACUCAGCAAAAAUGUCUAAAAUUGAAAAGAUGAGCAUCCUUGGUGUGCGUAGCUUUGGGGUAGAAGAUAAGGAUAAGCAAGUUAUUACUUUCUUCACGCCACUAACCAUUUUAGUGGGACCAAACGGGGCUGGAAAAACAACUAUUAUUGAGUGCCUAAAGUAUAUCACUACGGCAGAUUUUCCACCAGGAUCAAAAGGAAAUACAUUUGUACAUGAUCCCAAGGUUGCUCACGAAACGGAUGUUAGAGCCCAGAUUCGACUGCAGCUCAGAGACGUUAAUGGAGAACUUGUGGCAGUUCAGCGUUCCAUGGUGUGCACUCAAAAAGGAAAAAAAACGGAAUUUAAAACGUUGGAGGGUGUUAUUACCAGAAUAAAGCAUGGGGAGAAGGUCAGCCUGAGUACCAAAUGUGCAGAAGUGGACAAGGAAAUGAUCAGUGCGUUAGGAGUCUCCACCGCCGUUCUCAACAAUGUGAUUUUCUGCCACCAGGAGGAGUCAAACUGGCCUUUAAGCGAAGGGAGACAGCUGAAAACAAAAUUUGAUGAAAUAUUUUCAGCUACAAGGUACAUUAAAGCUUUGGACACUUUAAGACAAGUGCGUCAUAAACAAGCUCAACAAGUGAGGGAAUAUCAGACUGCACUAAAAUAUCUGAAACAAAACAAAGAGAAGUCGCUGGAAAUUAAAGACAAUCUCCGGAGUAAAGAAGCCCAGAUGGCAGCGUCCAGGGAAAAUGUGAAGUCCAUUGAAAAUCAGCUGGAGCCCCUCAAGAGUCGACUGAGUGACAUUCAGAGGAAUCUUUCAAAAGUAAUGAAGCUUGACAAUGAAAUUAAAGCUCUUGAGAGCCGGAAGAAGACCAUGGAAAAAGAUAACCAAGAUCUAGAAGAGAAAAUAGAAAAGGUCUUCCAAGGCACAGAUGACGAACUGAAUGAGAUGUAUCAAAAUCACCAGAGAACUGUGAGAGAAAAAGAGAGGCGUUUGCAGGAUCACCAACGCGAAAUAGAAAAAGCAAACAAAGAGUUACAGAGACUGAACAGGGAGAAAGGCGAACUGCUGAUUCAGCAAGGACGUCUACAGGUGGAGGCAGAUCAGCACCAGCAGCACAUCAAGACACGAGACGCACUUAUCAAGACUUUGGCAGCGCAGCUGGAGCUGGAUGGUUUUGAGCGUACCCCAUUUAAUCAAAGACAGACUAGUAGCUUUCAGAAGCUGGUGAAAGAAAGACUAGAAAAAGAUGAGGCCCACACAAACCAGAUCAUGAGAGAAUUCACAGAGAGAGAAGCAAUGAAGCAAAAGCAAAUCGAUGAAAUAAGAGACAAGAAGACUGGACUAGAACGCACUAUUGAGUUAAAAUCUGACACUCUAAACAAGAAACAAACAGAUCUUAGGAGCAUAAAAUCAGAGCUUCAGAGCCUGGAGGGAUCUUCUGAUAGGCUGCAGGAGCUAGAUGAGGAGCUUUUGAAGACGGAACGUGAGCUGGAGAACACGGAGAAGUGCUGCAAUAUAGAUGCCUUGAAAGGUGAAGUAACUGAACUCCAGAACCAGAAGUCUGACUUGGACAGAAGAUUAAGGAAAUUGGAUCAAGAGAUGGAACAGCUUAAUACGCACACAAUGACAAGAACUCAGAUGGACAUGUUGAAAAAGGAUAAAGCUGACAAAGAUGAACAAAUAAGAAAAAUAAAAUCCAGGCACAACGAUGAUUUGACUUCUUUGCUGGGACAUUUCCCAAAUAAAAAACAACUUGAAGACUGGAUUUAUGCGAAGAUAAAAGAUAUUAAUCAGACUCGAGACAAGAUAGGCAAGUUAAACAAGGAAUUAGUCUCGGCAGAACAAAACAAAAACCAUAUGAGCAGUGAGCUUCGGAAAAAGGAAGAACAGGCGUCUGCGUAUGAAGAAAAGGUUUUUGAUGUAUGCGGUAGCCAGGACUUUGACAGUGAUCUCACACGCCUCCAGGAAGAUAUUGAAAAGACCUCUAAACAGCGAGCAAUGCUUGCAGGAGCUACGGCUGUUUACACGCAGUUCAUCACCCAAUUGACUGAGGAUAACCAGCCAUGUUGCCCAGUUUGCCAGAGGAUCUUCCCGUCCGAAGCAGAACUGCAGGAUGUGAUUAAUGAUAUGCAGUCCAAGCUCCGUCUUGUUCCAGACAAACUAAAGUCCACUGAAACUGAAUUAAAGAAAAGAGAGAGGAGGAGAGAUGAAAUGAUGGAGUUGAAACCAAGGAGGCAAAUGUUGAUUGAACUUCAAGAGAAGGAGAUCCCAGAGCUAAGAAACAAACUGGUGGCAAUAAACAGGGAGAUACAGAGAUUAAAGGGUGAUGUGGAGGAGCAGGAAACCCUUCUGGCGAUGCUCAUGUCUGAAGAGGAAACUGCCAAAGCCUGUUUGCAGGAUAUUUCCCUUAUGGAAAGGUACCAGAUGGAAUUGCGAGAUGUAGAAAGGAAGAUAGCACAAUAUGUCACUAAACUGCAAGGGGUCGAUCUAAGCCGCACUGUUCAGCAGGUUAACCAGGAGAAGCAAGAGAAGCAGCACAGUCUUGAUAACGUUUCUGGUAAAAUUGAGCUAAUACGGAAAAAGAUACAAGACCAGCAAGAGCAAGUCCAACACCUUAAGAGUACAGUCAAUGAGCUGAGAGCAGAAAAGCUUCACAUUUCAAGUAACCUCCAGCGCCGACAGCAACUUGAGGAUCAGAAUAUAGAGCUCUCUUCUGAACUUCAGUGCCUCUCUAGGGAGAUUAAGGAAGCCAAAGAGCAGGUUUACCCACUGGAAAACACUUUAGAAAAGCUUCAGCACGAAAAGCAUGAGCUUUUGGAAAGAAAAGACUCAAGCUUCAGAGCAGCACAAGAAAAGCUAAAUGAUAUCAAAGAAAAAGUAAAGAAAAUAAACCUGUAUGUGAGAGAUAUAGAAAAAUAUAUUCAAGAUGGAAGAGAAGAAUUCAAGGAGCAAAAAGAAGCAGAACUUCAAGAAUUAAGUUGUCGAGUAAAUGAGUGUGAAAAGCAGAAGGAAAAAACAAACAAAGAUAUGAUCUCAAUUAGACAAGAUAUUGACACUCAGAAAAUUCAGGAGCGGUGUCUUCAGGACAACUUAACUUUAAGGAAACGAAUGGAAGAACUUAAACGGGUUGAGCAGGAAAGAGAACAACUUCUGAGGGAAAUGGGGCAGAUGGAUGUUAUGCAGAUGAAAAGUAAGCAUGAAGAGUUGGAAGACAAAAUAGAAAGUCUGAAGACAAACCACAGUCUGGCACUUGGAAGACAGAAGGGAUUUGAAGAUGAAAUAAUGCGUUUUAAGAAAGAGUUGCGGGAGCCUCAAUACAAGGAUGCUGAGGAAAAAUACAGGGAGAUGAUGAUCGUUAUGAGAACAACUGAACUUGCAAACAAAGACUUAGACAUCUAUUACAAGACAUUGGACCAAGCAAUAAUGAAAUUUCAUAGCAUGAAAAUGGAAGAAAUCAACAAGAUAAUUCGUGAUCUUUGGCGCAGUACUUACAGAGGCCAAGAUAUAGAGUACAUUGAAAUUCGAUCGGAUGCAGAUGAGACUGUGUCUGCUGCAGAUAAAAGGAGGACUUAUAACUAUAGAGUAGUGAUGAUAAAGGGAGACACCGCUCUGGAUAUGCGUGGACGUUGUAGUGCUGGGCAGAAGGUUCUUGCUUCCCUCAUCAUCCGUUUGGCAUUGGCAGAGACAUUUUGUUUGAACUGCGGCAUACUAGCCCUGGAUGAGCCUACUACUAAUUUGGAUCGAGAAAAUAUUGAGUCCCUCGCACAUGCCUUAGUAGAGAUUAUAAAAAGUCGUUCUAGGCAGCGUAAUUUCCAGCUGCUUGUGAUCACACAUGAUGAAGAUUUUGUGGAGCUCUUGGGGCGUUCAGAGUAUGUGGAGAAUUUUUAUCGGAUUAAAAAGAAUGCGGAGCAGUGUUCUGAGAUCAUGAAAUGCAGUGUCAGUUCUUUGGGAUCCUAUGUUCAUUAACCUGGUGUUUAACAGAUACUUAAUUGUAUACCCUGCAUAUGACUGGUUAUAUUACUUUAAAAAAAAAAACCCUCUACUAUUAACAAAAGCAUCUGAACAAAAUGUUGCAUAUGUUUGCUUUCUACAUUAAAUUUUGAAAUUCAAA